UUGUAAGCCGAAAGCUGUAUUCAUCGGCUCCGCAUAAUUUCCUAAUUUUAUCAAAAAAGAAGCUCAAAAUGAGCUCUUUCAAACGUGAUAAGAAAGAAGAAGAAGAUACCGGUGGUAAUCCAUAUUCGAAUCUGGAUAAAACUAUCGUAUUGCAAGAGGCGCGUUAUUUUAACGAAACCCCAGUCAAUCCUCGAAAAUGUUCACAUAUUUUAUCGAAAAUCCUCUUCUUGCUGAACCAGGGUGAGAAGUUAACUACACAGGAGGCUACGGACGCAUUUUUUGCAACUACGAAGUUAUUUCAAUCGAAGGAUGUUAUGUUACGUCGAAUGGUAUAUUUAUGUAUAAAAGAGUUAAGUAAACUUGCUCAGGAUGUAAUCAUCGUAACAUCGUCUUUGACAAAAGAUAUGACUGGUAAGGAGGAUAUGUAUCGGGCAGCAGCUAUAAGGGCUCUAUGCAGCAUCACUGACAGUACCAUGAUACAGGCAAUAGAAAGAUAUAUGAAACAGGCUAUUGUUGAUAAGAACCCAGCAGUGAGCUCCGCGGCGUUGGUUUCCGCACUGCACUUGUCAUCAACUGCACCAGAUUUAGUGAGGCGAUGGGCGAAUGAAGCUCAGGAAGCAAUCAACUCCGACAAUGCAAUGGUUUCCUAUCACGCGCUGGGCAUCUUGGCGUGUACUCGUAAGAACGACAAACUGUCUACCGUAAAAUUGGUAACUCGCUUGGCCAAGUCACCUCUAAAAUCGCCUUACGCGCUUUGCCUCUUGAUCCGUUUAGCUGCUCAGCUAGUCGAGAAUGAUGACUCUGAUGCGUCCCAACCCUACAUUGAGUUUAUUGAAUGUUGCCUGCGUCAUAAAUCGGAAAUGGUCAUUUAUGAAGCAGCCCAUGCGAUUGUCAAUUUAAGAAAAACUGCCAGGGACUUGGCACCAGCUGUUUCAGUGUUACAACUAUUCUGCGGAUCAUCCAAAGCUGCACUAAGGUUGGCUGGAGCGAGAACUUUGGCUAGAUUGACUACUAAGCACCCAACAGCUGUGGCUGCGUGUGCUGUUGAUCUAGAAAACCUAAUAUCUGAUCCAAAUCGGUCUGUAGCUACUUUGGCUGUAACAACUCUAUUAGCUACUGGUGCAGAAAGUUCGGUUGAUAGAUUAAUGAAGCAGAUAUCGAGUUUUGUGUCUGAAAUAUCAGAUGAGUUUAAGAUUGUUGUAGUCCAAGCGAUACGUCGACUUUGCCAGAAGUUCCCGAGAAAACAUCAGUCAUUGGCCGCUUUCUUAGCUGGCAUGCUCCGUGAUGAAGGUGGUCUUGAAUACAAAGCAGCGAUAGCCGAUGCUAUCAUAACUCUGGUUGAAGAGAACCCUGAAGCGAAAGAGACUGGACUGGCACAUUUAUGCGAAUUUAUUGAAGAUUGCGAACACACGACUUUAGCCGUUCGUAUUCUACAUCUUUUGGGACGUGAAGGCCCCAAAUCGCGUCAACCCUCGCGAUACAUACGUUUCAUUUACAACAGAGUUAUAUUAGAAUCUGGUCCAGUGAGAGCUGCUGCGGUUUCCGCUGUUGCACAGUUUGGAGCACAAAGACCAGAGUUGCUUCCAAAUAUAAGAGUUCUUCUUGCCAGAUGUGAACUAGAUGAUGAAGAUGAAGUCAGAGACCGCGCUAUAUACUACAACGCGAUUCUGGACUCGGGUGAUCAACAACUGAUAAACGAUUUCAUUAUAGAUGUGCCUAAACCAAAUCCAGUAUUAUUGGAAAAAGCGUUGCGAGACCAUAUCGCCACAAACCCAGAUGAACCAUUCGAUAUUAUGACAGUUCCAAUGGAAGAAGAAAAGAAGGAGGAGAAAGAAGACCUUGCAGCGAUAGAAGUACGAAAACCGAAGCAGAUGACUCUUGAGGAAAUUUAUUCAGAGCAAUUGGCACAAGUGCCAGGCAUCGAGAAACUUGGCUCGAUCUUCAAAACCAAUAUGCCCAUAGAACUGACAGAGGCCGAGACGGAAUACAGGGUGCGUUUGCUGAAACAUGUAUAUGUCCGGCACGUGGUAUUACAGUUUGAAUGCAUCAAUACGUUAAAUGAUCAGAUUUUGGAGGAAGUUCAUGUGAGAUUGGAAUGUCCCCCAGAAUACGAAAUAAAGUCUAUUCUACCGUGUCAAAAACUUGUCUACAAUCAACCGGGCAGUGUUUUCGUAGUAAUUGAGUAUCCUUCUUCUUAUAUAGACAGCUUAGGCACUUUCGGGGCAACACUAGAGUUUGUAGUACGUGAUUGUGAUCCUAACACAGGACUCCCUGAUCCAGGAGAAGGUUAUGCUGAUACUUAUCCCCUGGAAGAAUUUUACAUGGGCUGUUCAGAUCAGAUAAGGGCUAGAGGUAUGGGUGAAGAUUGGGAGACGACGUGGGAAAGGGCGGCAGGUGUACCAGAAAUAUCAGAUACGUAUGCGCUCCCAGAUCAAGAUCCCACUGCAGCAGCGAAAUCCGUCUGCGAAUAUUUGGGUUUGCCAAAAGCUACUAUUAUUGGAGAGGCCGUUAAAGAAAUUAGAGGGGGAGGUGUUUUCAGAGGCGGAGCGCCGUUUUUGGUAAGAGCUAGAAUAGCUUCAAGUAAUGUAGGUGUGACAAUGCUGAUUGCUGCUAGGUCGCCCCGAGAAGACGUCGCACAGCUCUUACUGGCUGCAGUCGGAUAAAUCACUUAUGCGAAGCAAUUUUUGUCGUAGUAUCACUUUUUAAAAUUAGGUUAUGAGAAAUUAAUCAUUCGCAAAUACUAAUAUAAUUAUAACAGUACAAUACAAUAUAUGAAAAUGAAAUAUUUAUUAAAAUAAAUUUGAAUUUUGAAAACGCUUAGCGUAAAGAAAUUUGCAAAAAGUUUUUUAUUGUCUUUAAAAUAAAUCUUGCAUAACAGCUGUCAAAAUAUUUCAGAAAUAAUACUCCUUUCAGAAUGUUAAAACAAUAAUUGUAAUGCUUCAAAAUGAACCGAUUCAAAUGCAUAAAUGAUUUAAUAGAUGUUACACUUUUUUCACGUGUAUUAAUUUGUAUGCGCUCAUUUAUAUUUUUUAGGUAAACGUUUUCAUUCAAUUUAAAAUAACUAUGCAAUUCAUAUUGUUUAUUAUUAAAGUAUAUAAUAAAAUUCUAGUGUUUUUAUGCAUUUAUUACAGUAUAUUGAAAUUGUAUGUCAUUCCUUA